AUGUGGAACUUAGCGGCAGAUCUUGUGGCUGUCGACUACACGGAUGGAAGCCCAGUUCGUCUGAAGAUAUCCAUCGAUGCGGAGAAGUGUGAAGCAAUUUUCGAUUUUGAAGGCACCAGCUCUGAAGCCUAUGGUCGUUUCCAAUUUCCAAGUUAA